AUGGGCCCCUGUACCGCCUCCUCAUGCUGCUGCCAGGCCCGUAAUCUGCCAUGGGCCCCUGUACCGACUCCUUAUGCUGCUGCCAGGCCCGUAAUCUGUCAUGGGCCCCUGUACCGCCUCCUCAUGCUGCUGCCAGGUCCAGAGUGUGUCAUGGGUCCCUGUACGGCCUCCCAUUGCUGCUGUCUCCAUCGCCACACUCUGCCAUGUGCCACUUUCAGGUCUCCUCACACUGCUGGUGGGUUCCAUUUUUUCAUAGGGUGCUGUAUGGCCUCCCAUUGCUGCUGCCUCCACCGCCACACUGUGGCUCCACACUCUGGUUUUGGCCCCGUGACUGCCCAAAUGAGUGAAGUGUGCGGUGAUUCUAAGAUCGACGGCACUCAUCUGCAUGUCAUACUGACUGACAGUAUUAUUUCUCUUCCCCAGCAGACUCCAAGGGCAUUUAAAUUAAAGGUACAGUGUUCUGCACUAAUAUAA